CCAGAGCGAGGAGAGAGAGAGAGAGAGAGGCAGAUACGGAGGUCCACAGACAGCGGCGUGCAGAGCGCAGACUGGCCAUUGACGCUGCAGUUGGAUUGAACACACAUGCACAGACACACACACCCCUGAGGAGUGUAUGAGACAUGCCCAGGCUGCUUUCCAUGGACACACACACACUGGCAAGGCACCAGAGAGGAAAUACAGCACAUCCCAGAGCCUGAGGAGUCAUGGAGAGCAGCAUGUUUUUUGGUAACACAUGUCAAAAUGGCCUCAUGCCCACCCUGGUGCGUCCCACCCUGCCUGGCAUCCAGACCUCACUGGGCAUGAAGCAGUUUUUCCCGUUUCCAUUGGAUACGGCCGCAGCCAUCAGCCUCUUCCAAGGAUUCAACGCGAUGGACCCUGUGCAGAAAGCUGUCCUCCAUCACACCCUCGGCCUCCCUCCCACCGCAAAGAGAAGGCAUGUCUCCUGCAGCGUUUGCCAGCUAAGGUUCAACUCACAGAGCCAAGCCUUGGCCCACUACAAGGGCACAAAACAUGCCAAGAAGCUAAAAGCCCUGGACUCUCCGAAGAGUAAGCUCAAAGGCUCAGUGGUCACCAAGGAAACCACCAACCAAGAGAUCGCCAAGGGCAUCAACACCUCGCAGGUCCCCAUCGGCACCGACAGGAAAGAUGUUGUUCCUGGAGCAAUGCCCCUGCCGCUUUCUCCGGUGCUCCGAUCGGCGCUACCCUUGGUAUCCUUGACGACUCUCACAAUGCCAACGCCGGCCCCCGUGGCCUCACCCAUAGACCCGAGCAUUAUGGCAGCCACAGCCCCCGAGACUACCUCAGCUGCUGGAGGGGACUCAACAUUAAACUCACCCUCAGAACCAGACCUGGAGCCUGAGGCCGAACCCGAGGUCGAGACGGAUGCUGAAACAGAAGAGGAGAAAGCUCGUCGUCUUCUGUACUGCUCGCUGUGCAAAGUGGCGGUCAACUCGGCGUCACAGCUAGACGCUCACAACAGCGGUACGAAGCACAAGACGAUGCUCGAGGCCAGGACCGGCGUGGGCUCCAUCAAGUCUUUCCCUCGGCCGGGAGUCAAAAGCAAACUGGCUCCAGUCGUCAAGUCAUUAACGGGCCUGCAGAACAAAACGUUUCACUGUGAGACGUGUGAUGUGCAUGUCAACUCAGAGACUCAGCUAAAACAGCACAUCAGCAGCCGGCGUCAUAAAGACAGAGCAGCAGGUAAACCAGCCAAACCGAAAUACAGCCCGUACAGCAAACCGCAAGGACAGACGAACCAGCCGGUGAAGUUGUCCCUGGGGAAGGAGCGCUUGUGUCCUCUGAACACACAGAUCAUACCGGCUCACCUAGCGGCAGUGGCGGCCGCCAUCAGCAACUCUUUCACGCACCGCACUAAUCACAUUACUAACCACGCCUCGACCCCUAACCUCUUCCAGACUCAGACCCUCCCCGCUGCACUGCUCCGUCCGGCUCCUGGUCCUGUCAGGACCUCCCACCCACAACUCCUCUUUGCCCCUUAUUGACCUGUUUGACCCGGGGGGGGGAUCUGCACCACCUCCUGUUAAGGAUCAAAACAUGUGCUACGCCAGGACCAGGCCAAGGAGUCGUGUCAGCAUCUGCACUCCUAUGCAUCCGGAAACAUUUUUUCCCAACCUCUCCUCACAUGGAUUAUUCCACAUUUAAAGCUAAACCAGGCGAAGCAAUGGGCGCUCUCAUGAUGGAUUAAUUUCUCUGAUCCCACUGAAGAGACCUGGGCUACAAUAUACAUGCUUUCUGUGCCAACCUGCAACCCACGGAUCACACCCGGACCCCUUACCUGGUUCUACAUUGUACCGCAAUAAUGUAUAAGACUAACCCCGUGAACUAUGCAGUGUCUUUAUUUCAUGAUGCAAGGCACAGUUUGAGCUACAAAUAGGGAAGGGAUAUGCUUUUUUUUAAAGAUACAGCGUGGCACUAAGAUCAUGCUUUAGUGGAGGAUUACUGUCGCUCGUAAUUUAAAAGGCUGUAACUGAUAAAAGAGCGAGUAAGGCCCUCCUCAGUUCCUGUAUGCACUUUAAGCCCCUACUCUGUUGAUGUCUACAUUAGAUGGCUAGACUGUGUUAGAUUGUUAGAGUAUUUGUCGUGAUGUGUGUUUUUGUAUCUGUAUAUGUGUAUGUGUGUACAAGUGCGUGCUCCUGCAUGUGUGCUUGUCCAUGUGAAUAAGUAUGUGUGUAAUUGAAUGUGUCUGAGCGUGUGUGUGUGUGUGCUUCUCAUCUGCCAUAAGCCAUUCUAGUUGAUAUCCAGGACACAUUGGGCCUCAUUCAUAAACAUUGCAAACUCACAAAGCUGUGCACAAACUGUGCCAUUUUUUUUUACUUUGUGUAAUGUAAUGUAACUGUUUUAGUUUUCAUUGCUUUGUAUAGUUAGCCUCUAAGGAUCAGCUUUCCUCAGCAAUUUCUAGUGCAAAAACAAAUUUGAAUUAAUACCAUUCGCAUUGUGUUAAAUACAAAAAUGACCAAUGUGCAUGUGUCAUGAAUCCGUCUAUAAUUUGCCACACUUUUUUGUGUGCCAAGUUUCUAUGCUCAUAUUGGUGAAUGAGGCCCAUUGUCACUGACCAUGUCUCGGGCCAGAGGGACCACAAAGGUUUGUGUAUAGUAACUGUCGGUGUGUAAAAGGUGAAUAAUUUCAAAUAAAAAGAGUCCUUAUUUGUUAAUGCCGUGGAUUCUGUGUAGUUUUAAUUCAAAUAUAUUGGGGUUGAAAAAUAUAUAUACAUACAAAUACUGUAAGGGUAAUCUAUCAACUGAAGAAUAUUAACUUUGUUGCAUCAAGGAGUGCACAUAAAGCAACAUUUAUCAGAGAAUGUGCCUCUCAGAUGCGCACACACACAGAGUACUACAUUACAAUUCAGAAUAUGUACUUCAAAUUAGUAACUCAACUCCAUUUUAACUACUAACAAAAUGUGUUUUGAAGGAUAUGCAUUCUCUUUGUUUGUAUCGCAGUGUUUGUUUUACAAAGGCUUAUCCGUAAUUCUGAUGUAAAUAUUUCUGUUGGAUUCUAUUAAAUUAUUUAUUGUUA